AGAGAGAGAGAGAGAGAGUCUGUGUUAUAUCGCUCUAAGACACUCGCAGAUUUUUGGCAGCUUUUAUUCCUCAGUGGAUUCACCGCCGUCCUCGAGAAACUCCUCCGCCACUCUCGAUCCCAGAUCUCGAAGAGCAGAGGGAUUAGCGAGAGAGAGAGAGAGAGAAGGCGAUGGCGAUGGGAUCCGGAUGAGUAGAACUCAGUACUAGUCCUUGGUGAGGUAGUGAUUUCGAAGGAUCUGUUCUCGUUUUUGAGGGAUAUUGGAAGGGUGGGAAGUUGGGGAGAUCUGCAGAUGGAGAAGUACGAGGUGGUGAGGGACAUCGGAUCGGGGAACUUUGGGGUGGCGAAGCUGAUGAGGAACAAGGAGACGAAGGAGCUCGUCGCCAUGAAGUACAUCGAGAGGGGCCGCAGGAUUGAUGAGAAUGUGUUGAGAGAGAUCAUCAACCACCGCUCGCUGCGGCACCCCAACAUCAUCCGAUUCAAGGAGGUGGUCUUGACGCCGACGCAUCUGGCGAUCGUGAUGGAGUACGCCGCCGGCGGCGAGCUCUUCGAGCGGAUCUGCAACGCCGGGCGAUUCAGCGAAGACGAGGCAAGAUAUUUCUUUCAGCAGCUCAUCUCCGGCGUCAGCUACUGCCACUUCAUGCAAAUAUGCCACCGGGAUUUGAAGCUGGAGAACACUUUGCUGGAUGGAAGCCCCGCUCCGCGGCUUAAGAUUUGCGACUUUGGUUACUCCAAGUCGUCGCUGCUUCACUCGAGGCCCAAAUCGACGGUGGGGACGCCGGCCUACAUCGCCCCGGAGAUCCUCUCCGGCCGGGAGUACGACGGCAAGCUUGCAGACGUAUGGUCAUGCGGAGUAACUCUAUACGUGAUGCUGGUGGGAUCCUACCCAUUUGAGGACCAAAAUGACCCCAGGAAUUUACGGAAAACCAUUCAAAAAGUCAUGUCAGUUCAAUACAAAAUACCCGACUACGUUCACAUAUCCCGGGAUUGCAGGCAACUUAUCGCCCGUCUCUUCGUUGCGAACCCAGCUAGGAGGAUCCCAAUAAGGGAAAUAAAGAACCACCCAUGGUUCUUGAAGAACUUACCAAGGGAGCUAACAGAAUCAGCUCAAGCAGCGUACUACAGGAGGGAUCGUAAUGCACCUACCUACUCAAUUCAAAGUAUUGAGGACAUUAUGAAUAUUGUUGGAGAAGCGAGGACUCCUGCACAGGCAUCCAGGUCCAUCCCAGGCUUUGAAUCUGAGGAGGACUCAGAGGAGGAAGAAGAGGAGAACCAGCAGGAGCAAGAAAAGGAAGAGGAGGAAGAAGAUGAGUAUGACAAGACCGUAAAGGAAGUGCAUGCCAGUGGAGACUACAAGAUCAAUUUACUGAACAUAAAUGAGAAGUAAAAUGCGAGUUGUUCUCCAUAAAGCAAAAUGCUAUGUCUUCUACUUAACAUUCUACUGCUAGCUAUAUAUCCCUGUAGAAAUCUGUGUCUUUUUUGCUUUUACUUAUUUUGUGUCUAUCGUCGUUGUAAUAUAAUUUAAUGGUUUUCUUAUUUCUAAGGUCUGCUAUGUUUAUCUGGUAA